AUGCCAUUACUUCAAACCUCGGAGAGUUUUUUUUCUGGCUUUUCAUCAUUAGCCUCAUCAUCUUCAUUACAUAUUGAAAAAUUUCCAAUGAUGAGCUCUAUUUAUUCAUCGGUAUCGCCAUUAUCGGAAUUGUCUUGGUUUUUUAAUGUAUCGUCGUGUGAGAGUUAUCCGACAUUGAGUGCACAAAUGCCAGAUAGUAUGGAUUUGUGCGUGUGGCGAGGAUGGUUUUAUUUCAUUGCUCUAAUUUUUGGAAUUGUCAUUGCGAGCGGUAUUAUUUUGACAAUUGCUUCUUGGAUUCUUUUUGGCGUUCUCAAUCUUUGUAAAUGUCUUUUUGGAAGUGGCUCACGUAGACGAAAAGGAUAUCAACAAAUUGGAGAGGAACCCAUUUCCAGAGUAUUACAUAGCGAGUAUGGGUCAGGAGAUUUUUCAUAUUCAUCAGGAGGAUCCGAUUCUGUGUUUAAUAAGAUGUGUGGUUUUUCCUAUUGUUGCUUGAUGAUGAGUGUGAUUUUGUUGGCACUUUUUGGUAUUGGUUUUUCGAUUGUAUUCUUUGUGGGAUUGGACAGUACUUCAAAGCCUGUGUACACUGCCCUAGACAAUGCAAAGAGCGCUCUCAAUCAAACCGUAUUUAUCAUGUCAAACGCUACCUACACUCAAGGUUUGACAAAUUUUGUGCAACAGUUUGCUGCUACCAGUAGUGUUGUCUCCGAUGCAAUUCCUCAAGGUCAGGCAUACUUGACAAAUGCCGUUGUCGAUAAUGAUGACAGACUACAUUUGGAAGAUUUGAUCUAUAACAAAUUGAAUGAUUCUAUGAAAGCUCUGUAUGAAAAAUCUGGCCAAAUUUAUGACAUUACCCAAAAAUAUGACAACAUUGUCAAGACAAGUACAAUUAAUGUUUUCCAAUUGGAUGAUGUUUACAAUUACACCAAUUUAAUGCCUGAAGGUCUUGUGAAUCAGAUGUUGACAAGUCACAGCUAUUUAAUGGAAGCUCUCACCCUCACUCAAUUCAUUGUUGAUCGUCUCAACUACACAAACAACAUUUUCCAAGGUAACACCUAUUCCAAAUGGAACAGUAUGUGGAAAGAAGUUUUUGAACCACUCGCUCUUCAAGCUUCCACAAUCCCUUCACAAGUUGGUCAAUUCGAAAGCGUGAUUUCCAAUGUUACGACUCCAGGAGCCGAACUCUAUGCACAAGAUGUGAUUACCAAAUUUGAAAUUGCCUACAUGUCAUCCUUUAUUGGAUUUUUUAUCAUUGCAACAAUUGUUGCAAUGACUGGUGGGGUUGGUGUCACUAAGAAAUCCUCUGCCAUACUCACUCUUACUUGCUGCUGCAGUUGUUCCAUCUUUGUUUGGCUAAUGAUUCUCGCAGCUGUUGGUAUUGCCUUGUUAAUGGCUGUUGGACCAUAUUGCAUCAAUGGUAACAACUUGUUUAAUCCUGACAAUAUGGAUCGAGUACAUGCAGUAUCUUCGUUCACCAAUUAUCCAUUGGGGCUCAUAACAGGUCAACAAGAUCGAUUACUCCCAACCACAACCUUUGGAGAUUCUGACUUGUUUGUCCAUAAUUAUUCAUUCGUAGUGAAUGUGACGAGAUUUUUCUUGAACUGUGGCGGACAAAAUUUUGACCAAAAACCUGAUGAGUAUCAAAAUAUUCUCAAUGUGAUUGAAUUGGCUCAACAAGGACAUUAUGCCACCUCAGAAGACUAUCAAACAUUCUUUGACAAUUUUAUCAUGGGAAUGGAGAGUUUGAAUGUGACCUAUCAAGGAAAUCAAAUUGCUACAAGCGGUCAAUUACUAUUUAUUGAAAUGAACACAAUUUUGAAUCAAGGAUUGCCAAACGUCAAAGCAGGUCUUUCUGCUUAUAUGGAUGCUUUAGAUCAAUUCAAGAGUCGGGUGAACAACAAUUCAAACUAUCAAAAUUAUGAAGCUAACAAGGAGGAAAUUACCAAAUUCCAAAAUGAAAUGACCACUCUUUUGAAUUCAUUGUAUGAUGCUGCAAAUCAGACCAUAUUCGUUGAAUAUGCCAAUGCAGACAAUUGGUUUAACACCAAAUCAUAUCCUGAAUUUGUGCAAGGAUACCAACUUGGAACUACCUUCAUGUUGAAUUUGGAGAAUAACUUGGAACCAGCUGCAUCUGCAUUAGUUGUUGCUGCUCAAAUUGUUGGAGACAUGCUAAACGAGUUGAAAGAAAACACCAAAUGCAGCUUCAUGGUAGACGCUUCUACUCAAGUGACAAACGAUGUGUGCGGUGUUAUGGCUAUUUCAACAUUUGGAACAGUUUCUGUUCACUUGUUGAUUGUACUCUUUUUAUUUGUAGCUCUCCUUGUUGGUGUUGUUCUUGCAGGAAGAUUCAAAGCACAAUAUUUGGGCGGUGGAAUUAAUUAG